CGGGCGGGAGCAGCAGUGACGAGCACACUGCGCAGCCAGGCAAGAGACACUUCGUGAAGCCAAGAGGAGCACAGGUUGUGUGAGAAGGACCCGCACCUGCCCCCGCAGUCGGCUCAGACAGCCAUUUCAACUACAUCUCGUCCGUGUUUUCAUCGUUUGCUUUGAAACAGUCAAAGUCUAGGAAGUCAAGUCAGGGGUCCGAAAGCAGCGCAAGGACAAGAGAACAGCGAAAGGCUCAAGUGUUGGCUCUCAUGUACAAGAUGGAUUACUCUUACCUGAACACCUACGACUCCUGCAUGGCAGCGAUGGAAGCGUCGGCCUACGCGGAUUUCAGCUCGUGCAGUCAAGCGAACACUUUCCAGUAUAAUCCAAUCCGGAGCAGCUUUGGUGCCAACCCAGGAUGCCCACCUCUGAGCACAGCAAGUUGCACACUUGGCGCCCUCAGGGACCACCAGCCCACUCCAUACUCCACAGUUCCUUACAAGUUCUUUUCUGACCCCUCUGGACUCAAUGAGAAGAGGAAACAGCGGCGGAUUCGCACCACCUUCACCAGCUCUCAGCUGAAGGAGCUCGAGCGAGUGUUUGCCGAGACGCACUACCCGGACAUUUACACUCGGGAGGAGCUGGCGCUCAAGAUCGACCUCACCGAAGCACGAGUGCAGGUGUGGUUCCAAAACAGACGUGCCAAGUUUCGUAAGCAGGAGCGAGCGGCCAACUCUAAAGGCAGUAGCAAUGGAAGCAGUGGCAGCAACACAAACUCCAACUCCAAAAAGGGUGAUGCUAGGUCCUCCUCAGAGGAUGACGAGUCAAAGGAGUCCACCUGCAGCCCGACACCCGACAGCACGGCUUCCCUCCCCGGUUCAGGAAACAUAGGCAGCCCUGGGAGCAGCCUGAGCCCCAGUCCAGUGUCUGUACCUGCUGCAGGAGGCGCCUAUGGGACUGCGACCUCGGGACUGUCUCAGGCCCUCAAGGCCCCCGCCUGGCCUAGCAUAGGCACCCCUGGCAGUGGUGUGAACGCCAGCACUGUGCCCGGAUCAGAGCUCCUGAAGGCAUGGCAGCCUGCAGACAGUAUGGCUGGGCCCUUCGCUGGGGUCCUCUCCACAUUUCACCGGAAGCCAAACUCCCUGAAGACUAAUUUGUUUUAGACGGGGACACACCUGCAGAUGAAGAGCAGGAGGAGGUCACCGAACUGACAAGGAGGAAAGCCUUGCGCUGUCAGCCUCACAUUAUUGCCAUGACAGUAUUCAUAUUUUAAGAUGUAAACGGGAUUCGAUGUGAAGCGUUUUUUCUUUGUUCAGAUUCCCAUUUAACAGAGUGGGUGAGGCAGAUCCCCACGCACAAGCCCACCAGGCUGCUUUGGAAGACUGAAGCACAUGAACUCACACCGGUUUACUUGAGCGAUGCGAGUCGAGUUUGAAACAAAGGGGGGUGGCGGGCGCAAGCAGGAGGUCCUUUGAAACCAGCAAGCGCCCUGGGAGCGUGGAGUCAGUCAGGAGAGAGUUUCCAUUUCCAAAGUACUGUAAAGGGCAGCACACCAUGACUUUGUUAGGGGCACUGGGGCAGGGUGCUCCGCUUGGU